AUGACAUCUUCGGCGUGGCCCGUAAAGAUCUACAAUAGCUCGUCAACCGCCACCGAUAGCCUCAAUGUCCCGCUUCACGCCUUCAUCCGCGCCUACGACGCACCGACACCAUCCAUUGUCGUGCGCGCCGACUCCCAAGCCUUCCUCGACAGUCUUGCAUUCCAAGACGACGGCAAAGCUCUCGGCUUUGAUCUUGCCGAAGAUGGCUACGACCGCCUCCGCAACACUGAAGUGCGCUACCUCAUUGACGUGUACAUGCCGACGCGGUCGCUGGCGUCGCUUCGCGCCAUGCGCUCGAGCGACGUGGUCGUGGCCCCUUACGCACUCCAGACCACGUCCGUUGUCUUGACAACGACGGGCUCCAGUGCUGUGUACGUCUCGGCGCCGUCUCUUGAGCUUGCAAACUUGACCAUCUCGGUGUCUGGCUCAAGCCGGCUCCAGUGGGAAGUACCGGUGACAAAGGUAAACUCGGGUUUGAACGUUGCUGUCGGUGGUUCGGGCACGCUGGCGCUCUUGACGACAACGCUGGAUGUCGGCUCGCUCAAGAUGGCCGCGACGGGCUCGGGCAAAGCCUACGUUGGCGCCUCGUCGCUCGUGAAUGUGUCUUCCUCGGUGGCCACGUCGGUCGAUGGCACGGGCCAAGUCAACUUGUAUGCGGCUGGCAUCUGCCGUGAGCACAAGGUCUCCAUUUCUGGCGCGGGCAAUGCGUUUGUGAGCGCCAUGAACUGCCGCGACACGUCCGUCGUCGUCACGGGCAGCGGUAGCGCCUACGUUCAGUCGACGACAACCCUCGCCACCGCGGUCGCGGGCUCGGGCCGCGUGUACGUCGCGGGCACCGUUCCCGGCGGGCUGCCCGGCGCGUACACGCCAAUGGCGUCGCCGCCUGUGACCACGUACACCGCUGUGCCGGUCCCUGCGUACGAGCCCCACCAGCCGACGAUGUAUGGAUCGUACGUCAGUACCAGUACGUCGCACACCGGGACACUUAUCGGCGUCCUUGUUGCGGUUCUGACUGCGCUUGUGGUCGCCUUUGGCGUCUACCGUUGCCGCAAGUCGGGCCGCGCAUGCUUCCGCCCCAAGGCGGAGCGCGGGUACACGCGCAAGACCUCGACAGAGGACCACGCGCCGUCCAUGGCGUAGAUACCUCACGCAUCGAUAAUACCGUUGAAUGGACGUUGUCAAAGCUC